AUGCUGGAACCGAAUAGUUCUAACCCAGAAUCUAAAAAAUCCUCUAAAUCUUCUAUAAAAGAGCAGACAUCCGAAAAAUCUAGUCACUCGCAAGCGAAUAGAGCAAGAUUUAAGUUUCGACCGUGUGAUAGCGAAUGUCCAGUAAUAAAGAACAGAUCUGGUUCAUGUCCUGCUAGUAUGUGCUCACUCGAUAUGCCUGAAGAAGCAGCACCUCUAAUUAGCAUUGCGAAAUGUAGACAACUCGUAUGCGAACACAAGGAGCACAGAGUUCUGCCUCCACCACCAGAUGAAAGAAUUCUUCUAGAUUUGACGAAUUUAAAUAAAGAUUGCUGUGAUCAUACAGAAGUAACUGAGACUAUAGAGGAAGUCAUAGGUGGUGUGAAAGCUAAAAUGAAAAUCGGCCAAGAUCCUUGUUUUUGUACAUGCGAGUGCACGUUUGGCUUUAUGAAAAAGACCACGUAUUGCAAGGUAUGUGGUGGCUAUGAAAGAAUUGGAGAAGAGCAACCGCAUGAGAAACCAACACAAGGCAAUUUUCCGUGUCCUAUAUAUCAUAAGUUAGUUGAUAAAAAUAAAAUGAAAUCAUGGAGUACAUCUGGUAGUGAAAGCAAGAAGAAAGGUGACGAUACAAGCAUUAAAGCAAUGAAAGUAAGUUCAAAUCAGAAAGCUGCUUCUUCGGAUAAACGAGUUGUUGAGAAGAAAAGCGUUGAAUCCGAAAAAGAUACCAAGAAAUGUAAAAAGAAAAAGAAGGACGAUAGAUUUAAAUUCAACUACGGUUACAAAGGUAUACCUCCGCAAAUUGGACACAGCAGGUGUGCAUUACCCUGUACUGGUACAUUAGAAAAUGUGCCAAAACAUAUGGGUUGGUUGUGGACUGCUGAAGAUGUACCCGGCAUGAAGUUUCGCCCAUCAUGGAAACCAGGUGCUACUAAUAAACAUGUUGUAAGGCUUCUAAGGAUGGCUCGUAAUCCCGGUGAAGUAACGCCUAAGAAGAGAAGAAAAGAUGCUGCCAAAAAGAAACGCCCAUUGAAUCGACCACUUUUAAUUGUUCAUAAGAAGGAUGGUGAAUUCACCGUAACAAUGGAGACUAUGAAAACGUACACUAAACCUAGAGCUAUUAAUCAAUAUCCUUAUGAAGAUAAGCCUGUGCUUACUUAUACAAUAGGUAGAACUGAAGAAGAAAAUCGCGAAAGAAGGAAGAAGAAAGAACGAGAACAAAGACGCCUAGAAAGAGCACAGCGAGCGUUCAUUCAGAGCGCUUUCCGAGAUAUGUGUCAUGAGAUAUGUCUCAAAACGUAUCAACAAGCUUUAGGAAUACUUCCCGAUACUGAAGACCCCGAAUGUACUUGUUAUCCAGCUGAACCGACAGCUGCAAGAACCAAUAUGGAUGUCUCUUGUUCAUGUUCCGAAGAUUCAAAAUCAAUUGGAUCGGAUACGGAUUCUGAUGAAUGGAUAGUAGAAUUUACCCCACCAUGUGCUACUUUUAAUCAAAAUUAUAAAGGCAAGAAGGUCAUAAAAGUAGACAAUGGCAGCCAAUACACAUAUUUGGAUUACAGAGUUAAACUUCUAGAUAGGUUUGGUAACCCUGUUCUCAGAUUUUUCAAAGGCCCUGAUGGGAAACAACAAUGUAGUGACUUGGGUGGCUUUUGGGGCCCAGAUAAGAAAUGGCUAGAAAUAAAUGUGGAUGGAUAUGUAGCUCCUGAUGGACGAUGGGCGCCUAAUAAUUUUAUUGGUCCCAGUGGUGAGCAAGUCGAAGCCACGACUGGUAAAUUCCAAACCGCAAACAAUAAAUGGUUGGUCGUUGGAAUAGACGGGUAUGUCGACUGUCAAGGUAGAUGGAGAUUUUAUCCGAAACCCAGAGGCGAUCUAUCUAGAAAGAAAUCACCUACAUCGAAAAAGCAGGUAACUGGUGGUAAAGAUAUGAAAAAAGAAGAUAUGGUUCCAUUAAAAUCUGAAGCAAGUUGGAGUUGUUUCGGAGAUGCUACACCAAAAGAUCUUUCUAAAUUAGGAAUAGUUGGGCAUGGUCACGAUAAAAAGAUACUUAUAGCAACUUUAAGAGAAAUGAUGGCGCAAGGCGAAGAUGUAAAAAUACCGCAACCAUCCACUGUUUUCCGCCUUCCUCCCUCAAAAAAACGUCGCCGAGUGCAAAGUCCAGAUAACAAAUAUUCGCGCAGCCUAUUUGAGGAUAGGACCAAAUGUAAACAUUCUGCACCAUCUGAUAAGGGUAUUAUAGCUGUCGACGAUCAAGGUAAUAAAACCUAUUUUCGAUUAAAGGGUUUCAAAAACGCACGACCGAAACAGAGACUAGCCGCUUUAACAGGACGAGGCAUAAGUUUAAGUUCGUUCCAUGUGCCAUGCUUCCAUUCAUUUAUAAGUGCGGAAGUUAUGAAAAAGCAACAGCGAGACCGAUUAAUGGCUUUGGCUGCAAGAAACAUUGCAACUCAAGUCGCUUGAUUGCCUCUUCAGCACAUUGUGAUGUGUCCAAAGAAUUAUGUUUUUGAUGUAAGAUUGUUGAUUAAGUGAACGUACAAAAAUUAUUUAUUUGAUAAUGUGAUAAUUGAAAUUUGUAACGUUAUGUUGUAAGAUUAAGUGGUGUAUAUUGGGUUGUGAAUAAAUUUUAUUUUUAUAAUAUGAUUGUUUUAACAAUACGUGUAUUCAUACAUUUUUAUUGAGAAGAGUUAUAUUAAAAGUAAGCAUAAUUUUUUUAUUUUUUUAUUUCACUUUCUUUUUAAUAAAAAAGAACAAAUUAAUACUUCAUAUUUCUUACAGAUUAAAUAUGGUUGGAAGCCCGGUGCUAUAUCAAAGCGUCUCUUAAAGAAAUUGAAUAAAGCAAAACUAGCAAAAUCCGUUGUGGAAGUAAAGAAGCUUACAAAACGGACCAAAAAACGUACCGAAAAUAAACCUUUAAUUAUAAUUGGCAAAACGAAUGGUGAAUAUCAAGUAGAAAUAGCGCCUGAUGUUAACGGACAAGGUAAUGAGCAGUACACACCACUCAUUUAUAAAAUAGAAAGCGCCAACAACAAAGCGAAAUCAGAGAAACGUGAGAGACUCCGAAGGCGGCUAGCUCGAGCAGCUGUUCAAGAUGUUUGGGCGGAUCCGUAUCACCCAGAUAAUUGUGAAAACGUGUGUCUCAAAACGUUUUACGACGCAAUGGGAAUUAGAUUACCAGAGCCUAGUCUGCCGGAUAAUACCGGGGACUUACAGUCGUGUUC